AUGUCGGUGGUUGUGUAUGCUGAAAAGUUUGAGGAUAUGGCUGAUUACUCUAGGAAGACUGUGUAUGCACCAAAUGAGAAAUGGAAGAUUGAUCAGUUUCUGUUUAGUUUGAGGGGUGAAAACUCUCACAGUGUGUCUCAAAGGGAAUUCACUACUUAUGUUGAGUUGAUAAGGCAAUGCUAUGUGGCUGACAAUAGUUUGAAGAAGGUCCGAGAGGAAAGAGAUCAGUAUAGGGUUGGUCAGAAGGAUCAAGGAAGACCAAGUCAUAAGUUCAUGCCUAAAUCUCAACCUUUCAAGGGGAAACAAGUGAAGAAUGCCAAGUCUAACCCUCCUCCCUCUUGCCAAUUAUGCCAUAAGAAUCAUUAUGGAAGGUGUAACCUUGGAGGAUUAAAGUGUUAUCGAUGCCAGGAAGAAGGCCACAUGGCUAGGGAUUAUCCUCAGAAUAAGAAUCAGAUGCAAGGAAAGAGUAAUGGUCAAGUUUAUACCUUGGAUGCAAAGAAGGCUAAGAGUAAUAAUGCUUUGAUUACCGGUAUGUGUUACGUGAAUAAUCAUCUUUGUUUUGUAUUGUUUGAUUGUGGAGCGACACACUCUUUUGUGUCAAUACAAUUUAUGAAGCACAUUGGCUUACAAGAAAUCCCUUUGUCUCCUCCCAUGGUGGUUACUACCGACAUGGAUGAUGUUGUAGAGACACCGUUGAUUUGUGAAAAUUGUUCGCUAUCGGUGGAUGGUAGAUUUUUCCAAAUUGACCUUAUUUGUUUGCCACUUAAGAAGGUUGAUGUUGUCUUGGGGAUGGAUUGGCUUUAUGCUAAUUCGGUGUUUAUUGGGUGUAAAAAGAAGCUAAUCAUCUACGUCUAG